AUGCCGUUCUUUUCUCGCGUCUUUCGAAGCAAAGACUCCACCGCGACUAAAAAGCAGACCAAACCAGCUGCCACCGCGAACCCUGUCCCCGCGAAGCCUAAAUGGACCGAUGCCUGGCAACGGACUGAAGUGGCUCCCGAGGAGGUGCAAGAGCUCAUCCGAGGCUGUGCACACGAAUUGAAGGCGCGAGGUAACGAAUUUCCAUCCAAACCAUGUGGUGGUGUCACGGCUGCCACGCGCAUACUUCGGAUUGCUGAUCAUUUGGUCAAUUUAGCUCUCGACACCCCAUUCUUGCUCCUUCCUUUCCGUCCCAGUUCCGAUCCUAGUGCGGCCCGCACAUUCAUCCGAAACUACUUCAAUCAGUCCUUUGAGCAAGGUGCCCCGGUCAGCGGUGAUGCCUUGAUGCAGGAGCUCCGGCUCAAUGAGCCGAUGGUUCUUUGCAGUGUUUUGAAAUGGUGUUGGAGUAGAUUGCCGGGCGGUGUUGUUACGUGGGAGGCAUAUGAAUUGUUCAAGGUUGGCGAACAAGAUUCGGAUUUGGCCCGCGAUGCUUUUUCAACGUUCAUCCCUAUCAGUGUCGACACCGAUGCUCGCGCCAAGAUUAUCAAUGACUUCUUCGACCUUCUCGCAGCGAUUGCGGCUCACGGCAAAUCCAAUGGUUUGGGCGGCCGCAAGCUAUCGCGCUACGCUGGAUGGUGGGCCUUUGAACACCACGAUACUGGAAAGGGCUUCGAGGCCUCCUAUAAAAAUUGGGCUGCUGCCGCCGAUGCGACAAGCCACCUGUUCUUUGCUUACCUGCGAUCGCUUGUCCCCGAUACCUCUCGUGGGGUGACCGGCAUCUCUUCGCUCCCUAUCUCCCUCCAAUCCCUCGUGGAGGCGACCGAAUAUCCCCCGGAAACCCCGACGCUGCUCCAAGUUACGACCACUAAAGUUGUUAUGAUUGUUGAUACCGUCUCUCCUACUCCCUUUUCUCUGUUGCGCCGCGCAAAGAACUUUGAAUACCGCGAUGACCACUGGCACCUGCAGGAAUUCGCCAACUUCGAGGAUCCGAUCAAAGCGUUGACCGAUGAGUGUCUGCGUGUGCUGAGGUGUAUCUCAUCCACCAAUGAGUCUAGUGUUUCCAGUUCGAAGCAGUCAACCAGCUUGCGGGACGCCUCAUGGUCUCGUUUCGAGGAUAUUGGAUUUGGUGGUUCCAUUGAGUCAGAUCCAGAAGAUGAAGAGAGGCAGGCUCCGGCUACCGCAAAGGUGAACACUGCUGCUAGCAUUAGUACCGUGCCUCGCUCGCAGGGUGGUGAUCUGGGACGUCCCACAACCCCAUCCUGGGCGGACUUUAUGUCAUCUGGCUUCUCGGACGACAAUCCAAUAAAGAACCCAGUUGGUCUCCUCCUGCCACCAGACAAGGUCCUGCCCCCAAUCGCUGCCACUCGUGGCCAGAGUUCCCAAUCGCAUAAGCGCACCCUGGCCCCUGAGCCAGCCCUUGAACCGGCUGAGCUGGCAAGCAUCACCACUUUGGAUUUGGAUGACUCGUUCUGGUGGGUCUGGAUCACCAGUCUGUCCGGCGAUGAGCCAUCUACCCGCAAGGCCGUGUUUGGUCGUUGUGCCCUCCUUGAAACAGUCAUUCGGGAAACCAAGUGGCUGAUUUUGGAGGAGCAGAUCAAGGGUGCUGCCCCUGAGCCGGAGGCUGGCGCGCAAAUUGUCGAGAAGAAGAGUUUCUUCAGCUUCGGUAGUCGGAAGGGAACAAAGCUCGGUCGUCGCAAAUCUUCCGCCAGAAAGGUGGAUUCGGUGGAAGAUUCUUACAAGCGUCCCAACAAUCAGGGCCCGCAGAGUAAGACUAGCAUUGGUCCCGAUCAGCACAAGCGAAUUCAAGCCGCUGCCGCCGCCCUUCAGAAGAAGCAUCGUGAGCAAGAGGCGGAAGCGAAGGAUUCCGCGGGUCAAUCUCGCUCUGACGCUUACUCGACCAAGACUAACUCGGUGCUCACUCUUCAGCCGGGCAUCGUGAAUGAGGCUUCAUCGGCCAUGAAGUGGGCCAGCAACUACGAUAAGAACACUUUCCGUGCUGCAUACCUUAACAACAGCCGCGCAGGAACCGGUAAUGUAUCUGAAGAUGUUGCUGAGGACGUUGCCGAGCCAGCAGAUAAGCCCAUGACGCCUUCGGCUCCUCUUCCACCCAGCACAUCCAAAUCUGGACCCCCUCCGCCUCCCAAGGACACGGCUGCUGUGGCCACCCCGCUGCCGCCCUCACCUGAGCCAGCCAAGAAGACCCUGAGCAAAGUCGUAGCUGUCCCUGAGGAGAUCAAGGAUGCCGAGACUGUUGUUGUUGAGCAGCCCGCCGAUCCUACCGAUGAAAGCAAGAAGCUCAAAAAGAAGACUGGCAACGCCGGUUUCAAGAGCAUGUUUGUGAGCAAGAAAAAGAUCGACCAGCCUUCUGUGAAACCCGGUGUCAACGAGGCCUCCACCAGCUCGGCCGUGGCAGCUGCUCGUGCCGCCCUCGAGGCCAAGGCCAAGGCUGCCCAGGAAACUCCUUCUAAGGAAUCUCCCCCCAAGGCUGUACUCAAAAAGAAGCCCGUUCCUGGUCAGUUCGCUGGGCAAGAAGCCUCCACCCCAGCCCCAGUGCAGCUUGCCAAGCCCUCCACACCUCAGCAGCUCGAGGAAUCGGUGCACCAAGCUCAAUUCGUCGGCACCGGUAGCCCGCCUCAGACCAGGCGUGCUGUUGAAUACGAUGCUCUGUCCCGUGUCGACACCAACGAGCGCGAUGCUGCUGACCAGGAAUUCUCCAAGUUUGACCAGGGUCCUCUCGUUGAGCAGCCAGCUUUCCUUCCUGAGGACGAUGGUCCGAUCACUCCUAACCCAGCCAAUGAUCAUGGACAUCCUCAAACCCCGACCAACGGUCACGAGGAGAGUUUUGAAGCUAUUAGCCCCCAGGAGGUCUCUGAGGACCGGUGGAAGCAGAUUCGCGAGAAUGCUGCUCAGCGGACUGCUGUGCUGAGCGAGGAGCCCGACACUCGCACUAGCCAGUCGGAGCGUACAGACGAAGGAGACACCAGUGGUGAAGAGACCAUCGAAUCUCGUGUCGCUCGCAUCAAGGCUCGCGUCGCUGAACUCACCGGCGACAUGGAGUCUGCUCGUUAA